AUGAUCUCGCACUCCAAAUGCAUCAAAAAUCUCUCAACAGAGUGGUUGAAGAAUCACUGCACCACCAUAAAAAAAUCCAAGCAAGCGCAUGCCUUCCUCCUUCGAAACUGCCUUUUCGACCACAACCACGCUGUAAGCAAGCUCGUCUCCUUUCUCGCAAUCUCCAAAUCAGGCGACCUCGUUUACGCUCGGAAAAUCUUCUCCCAGAUCGACCGACCUGACAUGUUCAUCUGGAACACCAUGAUCAGAGGUUACGCAAAAGGGGGGAAUCCAUCAGAGGCGGUGUCCUUCUACCACAUCAUGAUUGCAUCUGGCGUCGUUCCUGAUAAUUUCACCUUCCCAUUUGUGUUGACGGCCUGUGGCCGCUUGCGGGCCCCAGAUAUGGGCAGGAGAUUCCAUGCUGAGAUCUUGAAAGUUGGGCUGGAACCCGAUGUGUUCGUGCUCAACUCCUUGAUUCAGAUGUAUGCGAAUUGUGGAUCGUUUGAUGCUGCCCUCAAGCUGUUCGAUGGAAACCCAUUACGAGAUGUUGUGUCAUGGAAUGCCAUGAUUGGAGGGUAUGUCCAUGUAGGCUUUUAUCAGGAGGCAUUUGAUCAGUUCGAAGAGAUGACACGAACCAUUGAUGUUCGGCCAGAUACAGUGACCAUGGUUAGUUUGGUUUCAGCAUGCACUCAAUUGGGUGAUCUUGAUCGAGGACGACUGCUUCAUUCAUACUCAAAAGAGCUCGGGCUGGCGAUGGACCUUCAAUUGGGCAAUGCUGUCCUUGAUAUGUACUGUAAAUGUGGGGAUUUGGCAUCUGCACAACAGCUUUUCGACGAGAUGCGCCAGAGAGACGUACUGACAUGGACUAGCUUGAUAUCAGGGUUGGCUAGCUCAGGUUGUUUUCAGGAGUCAUUGGUCCUGUUCAGGCAGAUGCAGUGGGAGAAGAUCCGACCUGAUGAGGUCACGCUUGUGUGUGUGCUCUCAGCUUGUGCUCAAACAGGUGCUUUGGACCAAGGCAAGUAUAUUCAUCUCUUAAUAGAGAGAUGUGGAAUAAAUGAGGAUGUUAUGCUUGAGACGGCUCUUGUUGAUAUGUAUGCUAAGUGUGGGCGGAUAGAUUUUGCUCUACAAGUCUUUGACAAGAUGAGAGUGAGGAAUGUGUUUGCAUGGAAUGCGAUGAUUGGAGGGCUAGCCAUGCAUGGUCAUGGCCAACAUGCCAUGGCCCUUUUCGAGCAGAUGAAGCAUGAUGGCAUGAUGCCUGAUGAUGUGACAUUCAUUGGAGUGUUAUCUGCGUGCAGCCAUGCUGGGUUGGUCGACGAGGGUCUCAAAUUUUUUAGUGAGAUGAAAGAGCUUUACCAGAUUCAGCCAAGGAUGGAGCACUAUGGAUGUAUGGUUGAUUUGCUAUGUAGAGCAAGACUUGUGGAUCAUGCAUUGGCAUUCAUAGAAAACAUGCCCAUCAGGCCAAACUCAAUCUUAUGGGCUACUCUUCUUGGAGCUUGCAGGAAUCAUGGAGAUUUUGCACUUGCGGAGAAGAUUGGUAAACGGGUAAUUGAGUUAGAGCCUGAUGCUUGUGGACGUUAUGUGCUACUAUCGAAUGUCUAUGCUGGGGCCAACCAGUGGGAUGAUGCUCUAAAGAUCAGGAAUCAGAUGAAAUCAAAAGGGAUUGAGAAAACUGCAGGCUUCAGUUGGAUUGAGGUGAAUGGCAUGGUUCACCAGUUUGUUGCAGGAGAUAGGUCGCAUUUUCAAACAGAGCAGAUCUAUAUGAUGGUGGAAGAGAUGUGCCGACGGGUCAAGUUGGAUGGUCAUGUUUCUAGUACCACCGAAGUCCUGCUUGAUAUUAAUGAGGAAGAGAAAGAGCAUUCUCUGUAUUUCCACAGUGAAAAGCUGGCCAUUGCUUUUGGGUUAAUGAACACCGCUCCUGGUUCUUUGAUUCGGAUCGUGAAGAACCUCCGUGUCUGUAAUGAUUGUCAUUCUUUCUUGAAGGUUGUUUCUAAGGUUUUUGACCGAGAGGUAGUUGCAAGGGAUCGAAGUCGCUUUCACCAUUUCAGAGAAGGUUCAUGUUCGUGCAUGGAUUUUUGGUAA